AUGAUAUCGCCGGAGCUCCAGCCCCGAUCCUUCCGCCCCUACAUAGCCUCCUCCCUCAGCGCCCCAUCUUUCUCCUCCUUCAACGACGAUGGCCGUUCCUACUCCCCCGAACAAUCCGCCACCGCGACCGGCGGCUCCAACUCUCACUACCCUGCCGGCGCGCAGUCUUCCUCCGCCGCCUCAAGAUCCCGAUUCUCCCCUUCAUCCUUCUCCCACAACGCCAGAAUCGCCAUUGCUCUCGUCCCCUGCGCCGCCUUCCUCCUCGAUCUCGGCGGCGCCCCCGUCGUUGCUACCCUCACCCUAGGCCUCAUGCUCUCCUACAUCCUCGAUUCCCUCGACCUCAAGUCCGCCGCCUUCUUCGGAGUAUGGCUCUCUCUGAUCGCCUCUCAGAUUGCUUUCUUCUUCACCUCCUCCCUCAUCUCCGCCCUCAGCUCCGUGCCCCUCGGGCUCCUCGCCUCCUUCCUCUGCGCGCAGGCCAAUUUCCUCAUCGGCGUCUGGGCCUCUCUCCAGUUCAAGUGGAUCCAGCUCGAGAACCCUAGCAUCGUCCUCGCGCUCGAGCGGCUCUUGUUUGCCUGCAUUCCGUUCACUGCUUCCUCCAUCUUCGCUUGGGCCACCAUCUCCGCCGUCGGUAUGAACAACGCCUCGUACUAUCUCAUGGUCUUCAACUGCGUCUUCUACUGGCUCUUCGCCAUCCCGCGCGUUUCGUCCUUCAAGGCCAAGCAGGAGAUCAAGUAUCACGGUGGCGAGGUUCCCGAUGACACCUUCAUUCUCUGCCCUCUCGAGAGCUGCUUCCUUACUCUAUACUUGCUCUUCUUCCCUCUCAUGUUUCAUGUUGCCUCCCAUUACUCGGUCAUGUUUUCAUCGGCUGCUUCGGUCUGCGAUUUGAUCCUGCUCUUCUUCAUUCCCUUCCUGCUCCAACUCUACGCCUCCACCAGGGGAGCACUUCGGUGGGUUACUAAAAGCCCGCAACAGCUGCACAGCAUUCGCGUUGUCAAUGGCGCUCUCGCUCUGGUCCUGGUUAUCAUUGCAUUGGAAGUCAGAGUUGUUUUCCAUUCCUUUGGCCGCUACAUUCAGGUCCCGCCUCCUUUGAAUUAUCUUCUUGUCACCACAACGAUGCUUGGAGGAGCAGCUGGUGCUGGUGCCUAUGCUUUGGGCAUGGUUUCCGAUGCUUUUAGCUCCUUGGUUUUCACUUCUCUGGCCGUAAUUGUUAGUGCUGCUGGAGCAAUUGUUGUCGGGUUCCCCAUACUGUUCCUUCCUUUGCCAUCAGUUACGGGCUUUUAUCUAGCUCGGUUUUUCACAAAGAAGAGCCUGCCAUCAUACUUCGCCUUUGUUGUUCUUGGGAGCUUGAUGGUUGCAUGGUUUGUGAUGCAUAACUUCUGGGACCUGAACAUAUGGUUGGCUGGCAUGGCCUUAAAAUCUUUUUGUAAACUGAUUGUCGCUAAUGUUGUGCUUGCCAUGGCUGUUCCUGGGUUAGCCCUUCUCCCUCAAAAACUUCAUUUUCUUGCUGAGAUGGGUUUAACCUGCCAUGCAUUGCUGCUGUGCUACAUCGAGAACAGAUUUUUCAAUUACUCUGGUAUAUACUACUAUGGACUGGAGGAUGAUGUGAUGUACCCAAGCUACAUGGUUAUUAUCACAACACUUGUGGGAUUGGCUUUAGUAAGGAGGUUAUCUGUUGACCAACGAAUUGGGCCAAAGGCAGUUUGGAUUUUGACUUGCCUGUAUUCUUCAAAGUUAGCCAUGAUGUUCAUAUCAUCAAAGUCAGUUGUAUGGGUUUCAGCCAUACUUCUACUUGCUGUUACUCCUCCCAUGCUCCUUUACAAGGAUAAGACCCGGAUGUCCUCCAAGAUGAAACCAUGGCAAGGUUAUGCUCAUGCUAGUGUGGUUGCUCUAUCAGUGUGGUUCUGCCGUGAAACAAUUUUUGAAGCCCUCCAAUGGUGGCAGGGGAAAUCUCCAUCAGAUGGUUUGCUUCUGGGCUUCUGCAUUGUUUUGACAGGAUUGGCUUGUCUCCCAAUUGUUGCUCUUCACUUCUCUCAUGUCCUGUCUGCCAAGAGAUGCCUAGUGCUUGUGGUGGCAACUGGUGUAUUAUUUAUCUUAAUGCAGCCACCAAUCCCAAUGGCAUGGACUUACCGAUCGGAUAUGAUAAAAGCAGCUCGUCAAUCUUCUGAUGAUGUCACUAUCUAUGGUUUCGUUGCAUCAAAGCCUACCUGGCCUUCAUGGCUGCUUAUCUUAGCAAUCUUGCUUACAUUGGCAUCUGUGACAUCUUUCAUACCUAUCGGGUACAUUGUAGAGUUGAGAGCAUUCUAUUCGAUAGCAAUGGGAAUUGCACUAGGUGUAUACAUAUCAGCCGAGUACUUUCUUCAAGCUGCAGUUCUGCAUGUGCUUAUUGUUGUCACAAUGGUCUGCACCUCUGUCUUUGUGGUUUUCACUCACAUCCCAUCUGCUUCAAGCACAAAGCUACUACCCUGGGUGUUUGCUUCGCUUGUAGCUCUCUUCCCUGUAACUUACCUGCUGGAGGGUCAGGUAAGAAUUAACACCAUUCUUGGAGAUAGUGUAGAUUUGGGAGAGGAAGACAGGAGGCUCACCACUUUGCUGGCUGUCGAAGGGGCCAGAACGUCUUUGCUCGGCUUGUAUGCAGCAAUCUUCAUGCUAAUAGCUUUGGAGAUAAAAUUUGAACUCGCCUCACUUAUGCGGGAGAAGUCAGUUGAAAGGGGCGGAAUUCGACAUAGUCAAUCUAGCCAAAGCAGUUCUGGUUUUGCCCCAAGAAUGAGGUUCAUGCAGCAGCGCCGGGUGUCCACGGUGCCAGCCUUCACCAUCAAAAGGAUGGCUGCUGAGGGUGCAUGGAUGCCAGCAGUAGGCAAUGUGGCUACUGUAAUGUGCUUUGCGAUAUGCCUGAUCUUGAACGUCAAUCUGACAGGGGGAUCGAACCAAGCUAUAUUCUUCUUGGCUCCCAUUUUGCUGCUUCUCAAUCAGGACUCGGAUUUUGUUGCUGGAUUUGGAGACAAACAAAGGUACUUCCCUGUUACAGUCGCCAUAUCUGGCUAUUUGGUAUUGACCACACUAUUCAGCAUCUGGGAAGAUGUAUGGCAUGGGAAUGGUGGAUGGAGCAUCGAAAUCGGUGGUCCUGAUUGGUUCUUUGCCGUUAAAAACUUGGCACUUCUCAUACUCACAUUCCCUAGCCAUAUCCUCUUUAACCGUUUUGUGUGGAGUUUCACAAAACAGGCUGACACCACGCCUCUAAUCACCCUUCCUCUCAACCUGCCAUCCAUAAUAAUAGCAGAUGUGAUGAAGAUCAAGAUAUUGGGGGUUCUGGGGAUAAUUUAUACAAUAGCACAGUCUGUAGUCUCAAGACAGCAAUACAUCUCAGGAUUGAAGUAUAUCUAG